AUGGAGAGGAGGGACGCCACCAUGGGAGAACAGGGCCAACUUCGUGGUGGGCAUGGAGGCGCAGAGGAGGAUGGCGAUGGGGGAUGGGAGCAGAGUAGCAGGACUUCCAGGCGGUGCUCGCGUCAUGGUGGAGUGGAGGAGCUCGUCGUCCAUCAUCACAAUCCACAAUCUAGAUCUGAGAUAGAAAAGAAGAGAAAGAAUCUUGUGGAAUUUCAGAUCUGA